GCCAUGGCUUCGUGAUGCGUCCCGGUUGGUUUUCAAGAAGGAUUUAUAACUUCUCUUAUUCUUGUCCUUCCCACGUAUUAAAUCUAUAAAAGAAAUUUAUUGCCGAGAAUUCAUACAUCCCUAUCUUUGACAGCUAAAAUUGCAGUUAUGGUAAGUUGGUUUAUUUUAAUUUCACCACCUCAAAACGGGGUAAUAUUAUGAAGUAAUGAUAUGACAGCUGAAGCUACAUGUAAGAUGUUUAGUUUUCUUGAAUUAAAUUGUCUUACUGCAAGAGAAACCAUGAAGGCUUUGCUUUAAAAUUUUUAAGUGCGGGAAGACUGUUUCUUGAAGUUUAUAUGGAAACUGCACAGAUUGAACCAAGUUUAAUUUUGCCGAACACUUGCAUAAUAAACUUAUUAAGCUUAUAUUAUGUUCGCCUUAGUUGCAACUGUUUAAUUUUGGAUUAUUCAAUACAAAGGUGCUUGAAUUGUUCGACCAACAACGUCGAUUUUGUGCUUCUAAUUUUGCUGUUGCUGGGGGAAAUGUAGUGUUAAUGAGGAGGCAAUUUCUUAAUUUAUGUUUAAAGGAACAUAUGGGCUUUGGCCAUUAUUUACAAAAUACAGCUGUUUUAUACUCCUAGUAUAAUUCAGCAAUGCAAUUUUAUUCCCGUUCGCUUAAAUUAAUAAAGAGGAAGGCAUAUUCAUUUGUAUUUAUUUGGUAGCAGAAGUCAUAGAUUAAACACAAACGCAGGGGUGUUGCUGCUAAAUACCGGUAUGCCCAAAUGUCUGGACUGCAUGGUUUGUGCAAUCUUGAAAAGGUCUUGAAAUUUACUAGUCGUCUUGAAAAGUGCUUGAAUUCAGUUAAGGUGCUUGAAAAGUACUUGAUUUCUUUAUUAGGUCUUGAAAAGUCCUUGAAAUUUACAGCCUUGUCUAAACCAGACACCUUUUUCUGUAUAAAAUUAGAUUAUUUUGACGAGGAAAGUUUGGCUCAGUGCAAGAACCUGUAAAACUCACGGGCCUUAAAACAUUUUUGUACAUGAGCAAUAUUUUAUUUCUUUUUCUUUAUUUCAAAUGCUAUUUCUGUACCUCAAAUGCAAUUGCAAGUCAUACCCAGUCAUUUUGCAAAGUUUUGUUGCGGAAAGUAGUAUAAAAUGAUGUGAUGAACGAUGGCCGAAGAAGUUAAAAUCGUAAAUGACUCCCUGAUGUGUUUUAGCCAAUAGAGUGAUCAAAGGGGGUUAAAGAAUACUGAUUUAUUGGGUAAAUCUUAGUCCUUGAAAACUGUAAUUGUCCUUGAAAUAUCCUUGAAAAGUCCUUGAAAUCAGUCCUUGGAUCAGUUACUGUAUUUGCUAUGACAACAGACAGUCCAGUUCCCUGCAAGCAGAGGUCUCUCACGAUGAGGCAAAAAUGAGAGGAAUAAGAUUUUACCUUGUCAUGAGAGACCUCUGCUAGCAGGGAACUGGACUGUCUGUUGUCAUAGCAAAUGACCGUGACUGUUCCAAAAAAUGGCCGGAACAUUUAUCUAAUUUUAGGGGCCUGAGAGGGGGGCAGUUAUAUAAUUCAUAAAUUGGAGGUGUUGAAAAGAGAGAGGCGUUUACCCUAAUAAUUGUAACAAGCUCAACAAAGCUAAUAUACUUUCGGUGGAAACAUCAAGAGGUAAAAAGUAGAGGAGUAUCCUCUCCAUCAAUGAUAUGUCUAGGCUAUCUAGAAAUCCACCAUGCUUUUUCAAAUCUCAAUAUUCUAUGUUGUCAGAAUCCUCGUUAAGGGUCAUUGUGUUGUUAUUGUUGGUCUAAUUUGACUUUGAACUUGGCAUUGAACACGAUAUGAUAUGCAAACCUUUGUUUAUCAAGCAAGAAACUGAAUAGAUAGCAUGAUUUUUCACCUUUUUGUUAAUUCCUAGUAUUUUGGAGUAAUUAUUGUCAUAGGGGGUGUCUAGCAGACAAAUGACGUUUAUUAGAGAGGGGCAUCGUAGAGGGGCUGUUUAUUAGAUAAGAGGCAUUUAUUUGAGAGUGGGCAUCGGUUAGAUCAUUUACGAUACCAUGUUUUCACAAGUCAUAUACCAGGUGCUUUUCAGAUUGGUCUGUACAGUUGUAAGUUGAUUGUGCAUGUUACCUUUCAGGAUAUUGGACUAAAUGAGCAUCAUCAACAAAAUGUAGUUAACUACCUUAGAUUUGCUCGCUAUGGUCGAGCACAGAGGCUUAGAGGUGUGGAUGCAUCUUUUGAAGAACUCAAAGAUAGCAGGUACUUUGUGUACAUGUACAGCAUGUUGUGAUUUAGUUUUGUUCUUUGUUUAUGUUUGAGGGGAAUCACGAGCAGAGCAUGUGAAAUAGUGACCAGAAUGCCAUGGGUUUGAACUGGGAUUUUUUUGUCCCAGUCGCCAUUGUCGUUCAUUGGAAAACAUUUCUCAAUUAUGGUUCUGUUUCUGCAUCAUUUGGUGGAGGCUGGGUGCUUGCGUUGUUCAGUGGGCUCCACUUUUGGCACAGCCAGUUUGCAGAUAGAGUUGUAUCCUUACAGCUGUUAAAUCCACCCCUCCCAGCCAUGUUCAAGGCUUGGAGGGGUGGAGAAAAAGGCAGAAAACAUAAGGUAGGGAGGGGUGGGCUAACGCACAAUAUCCAAAGGCUAAAAGAAGCCCAGUAGCAACCAAGGCUUUUUGAUCGACGACCACUGACCAAUAAUAUUAGGCUCAAAUACCAGCCUAGUUCGGGAAAUGGGCCUGCCCUUCUCCCCCAAACAGACCCUCUCUUCUCCCUGGCAGAACCGAGAGAGCGGCGGAAAUCAAGCCUACAACAUCAUAGCCCCUCUUUGUUGAGACCUGCACUGAAUUUGAUUUAACUACAUUUUACCACGCUUAAAAUUCACCAUAAUUUCAUAUUCCUUAUUGGGGUGACCAGAAGAGCUGAUCUCCAGGCACAGGGUCCAGAGGAGUUUCGUGUGAAUAAAUGAAUUACUUCUUUAAAGUCUCACCUUGAAAAAUGUCUAUACCAGUGUCGCUUAGCACGAUUAAUUAGCCCAAUGGCAUCUUUAUAAAUCUACUGUAAACAAUGAUCGACUUUUGAAAAUUGAUGACCGCAAGCCCCAUCCUUGCCGGCGCACAGCACGUCGCCCGAAGGGCGACCGAGGCACGAAGUGCCGAGUAAAAGAAAGGACAAGGGAGGAAACUUGUACCACGUGUAUUCGUUCGCUGUAAACCGCAUCACUCGGUGACGGAAGUGAAUGAGACCGGAAACGCAAAAGCAACAGACCGAUGCUAAUUUGAGAAUCAAAACAUCAGCUGCGGAGAGAGUUUUAAAGAUCUCAGAGAUCUAUGCGAAGGCAACGGAGUUUUAAUUGAAGUGAAGAUCUUUCAAGACUGGACAUUGUACGUUUCAACAGUCUUUGAUGUCUUAAGCAGGUUUUGCUUGUGCGAAGGCUUCCCAGUAGUCGCAAAGCGCACAGCCAAAGACACAAGAGGUAGUAUAGUUGGACCACCGAAGAAUGGCACAAUUGUGAUGAUUUUACAGUUGCCUUGUACGUCCGCCCUACUCAGUGUCACUUUUUAUUGCAAGAGUACAUGUGACCCGCAAAUCACUAUUCGUAAUAAUUUAACAUUCCCCAAAUAAAACUAACGAGCUGGGCCCAGCGUGAUACAGCAUUGCAGAAAAACAUUACAUUUACGGACUAAAGAAAAUCGCUUAGUUAUGCAGAUCCAGAAGGCACUUUGGAGAAAAUUGGAACCCUUAUUCAGCUGUAAUAAAAAGCUUUAGGCUUCAAAAGAGGUCAAAGAAAAUGUGUUUGCAUCAGAGGGCAAAUCCUGCCGACCAGAAACAAUAACCACAGUAAAUCGACAUGUGUCAUGACCUCUCAGUGUGAGACAUGCGGCUAAAAUCCUUGCUAAAAUCACAUUUGCUGUAGAACCUUCCAGAGCAUAAUCUACCCAGCGGAGGAAAAAAACUUUAUUGGAACGAGCAGCAUUCUGGCAUGAGGCAAAAGUCGUGUAGGCUUCCCUUUUAUUGCUCCGAUCUUGAGCACAUUUACUUUACCACGUCAUUUCUGUCACCAUCUGUUGCGGUGCACAACAAACGAAACCGCUAUCUCGAAGCCGUAAAUUUCGGUCGCCGAAAAUGAAUUUGAACGCUUUUUUAUGCCGUUUUGCUACAGUAUUUGGCAAAUAUAUAAGAAUUCUAGAUCAGGUUAGUAAAAUCAGGCGAUUUCAUUCCAUUCCAUUUGAGUUUCAGGGAUUCGAAAAUCGGCCCCAAAUUUGUUUCCUCCCUUUCCGUAUUUUAUACUGUAAGCCGAUCUUGCGAGCCCUCAGUCUCUUGGUUUGCGGUCUAUAGAAUGUGUAACGAAACUGUAACGCGAUCAAAAUAACCCAUUUUUUCGGAGGUUUUCGAUGGGUUUUGAUGUUCUAACGACAAACACAUCUCCUCUGGAUCCUGUGCUCCAGGCUGCUAUUAUGCCUGCGCAGCAUGUAUGUAGCCGGCAUUUGUUUUGAUCAUGUGGGUUUGGACCUUCUACCACUCAUAAUCUGAUCACACAUUUUGACCUUUCAGAGUGCAAAGAAAAUCAUUUUUACAGCUUGCCAUUCGGGCAAGCUGAAGCUAGCAUUUACUAGUCCAGACGUCAUUUCAACUAGCCCCAAAAGCUUUUUGACAAGCAGAAUUGAUUUCACACUUCUUCUGUUAUUUGAAUUCCUCAAAAAACAUCACCUGCCCAUUAGGCAAGUUAAAAACAGAAUUAUCUAGCCCGAUAGCAAAAUCCACAAGCCCCAGGCUAUCAGACACUACUUUCUUUGCACGCUGCCUUUUAUCACGUGAUACUUAUGCAAACCAUAGUGUUUGGGCCAGAGCAUUUUGACCUUCAUGUCGAUCUUGCCUGGACUCCCUUACCUUUGAUUAUUAACUCACCAUUAACUUCUGCUUAAACCGGGGGGUUAUCCAAGGGGGGGGUAUAGUGGGACUAAAAAGAGUGUUUCAAAACAAGCUUUUUGAAGUGACUCGCUGUUUUAAGCUUCAAAACCAUAAAAACACUUUAUUCAUUUCAAUACAAGCAAGAGGGGGGCUUAUAUUGGGGAGGGGGUGUGGCAAGUAACAGGAUGAAUUUUUUUUGUUUACACGUAGAUGGACCUAUAGCUGGGGGUCUUAUAUGAGUAGGCUUACAGACUGUAUAAGUUGAAGUUUAUGGUAGUUUAUAAUAUUGAGGAGUACUGUUUUUUAAAAUUAAAAUUGCAGACUUGUAGACGACACAUACACUCUUGAUGAAGUUACUGACAUGCUGGAUGGCCUCUGUGCUGUGGUGAGGGGAGAAGUUGAAUCUGAACUUAUAAAUGCUGUACACACAAACGUCUUACUUCUUAGACAAGUGUUUAGUCAGGCUGAAAAAUGGCAUCUCAAAUUGCAGGCUGAUAUAUCUGAGCUUGAAAAUAGGUACGUUUUCAUACUUUUUAUAUAACUGGAAGGCAUCAUUAUCCUCAACAAUAGUAAUUGAACAAGUGUUUGGAAUAAGGCCCAGAGUGACUCGUGGUCAACUCAGCUUCUUCCUUUGAAUUAAAAGCAUAUGCAUGGCAAGUAGAAGGGGAAUCAGUAUUUUAUCAGGCAUGAUGUGGAGCUCUAUUCCCAGCACUCCUUUAACUGGUAAAUUUGAAGUUUAGUCAUGUAAUAAUGAUGGAAAACAUUCAGGGUUUUGCAAGCUUGGAACAAGGACUUUCAAAAAAAUUUAACCUGAGACCAGGCCGAAUUUUAGUGGCUCUCACACGUGUACAUGGUUUGCACUGUUUGUUUUGCCUUGCCUGCCAUUUUUUUUUACGUAAUGAAACAAAAAUGAGCCUUCUCUUGGGUUAGACACAUUUCAGACCUUUAGGCUCUAAAAAAACCACAGCCCCCAGCCGGAGAUGGGUAUCUUAAAAACUCGCAGAACGAAGUAACAGACCUGGACCAUUUGGAAUGUUUGUAAAACUCAGUAUUCAGUUCUCUGGGUGUCUCAAAAAUUCAGACAUGGUUUUCAUCUAUUCUUUGUAUUGUAAUAAUCUCCAGCCAAGGAAAUCAUGUUUUCAUUGAUCUUGCUGAACAAUGCUUUGCUGUGAUGUUCUUGACAUCUUUUUUUCGUUUCAGUAGAAUGCUUUUGCCAUGAUUAGAUGACACUUGAACAUAGUUGUUUGUCCACUUUAAAUCUUCUUUUCACUUGCUGAAAAAAUCAGUGGAAUUUUCAAAUUCAUUCAAAGAAAUUCAUGGCCAAUUUGUUACAACAGUGCCUGUAACCCCCUAAGAGUGACCAACAUUCGGUUUCUCCAUGUAGUAACACUAGUCAAUCAGACAGAAAAAAGGGUUAAUGUUGAAUGUGUAAAAAUUGGUCUUGAUUGUUAAGCCUUUUAUUCCUAGAAGUAGCAAAAGUCAGAAUUUGCCAACUUUCAAAAUGUCAUUUAUUUUAUAAAUUGCUGAAAAAGAACUAAUACUACAUGAAAGUACUGCUAAAGAGGUUUCAUUUGAAUGGUCACACUGCAGGAUUCAUUCCCAGCUAAAAAAUUUUAAAACCACCUUGUACAGCAUAAUAUUAAAUCAGUACCAUAGGAAAGUACUGCUCAGUAGCUUUCAUUUGAAUGGUCACACUUUAGGAUUUCAUCCACAGACUCAAAAGUUAGAACCACCUUGCACAACAUAAUAAACAGUACCACAGGAAAGGACCACUAAGCAGCUUUCACUUAAAUGAUCACACUUUAGGAUUUCAUCCACAGACUCAAAAGUUAGAACUACCUUGUACAACAUAAUAAACAGUACCACAGGAAAGGACCACUAAGCAGCUUUCACUUAAAUGAUCACACUUUAGGAUUUCAUCCACAGACUCAAAAGUUAGAACUACCUUGUACAACAUAAUAAACAGUACCACAGGCAGGGUUGUCAUCAAGAGCCGGGGGCCGGGUAUUUUCCCCGGCUACUAAGAGAGUGGCUCCUGGCUACUUUAUUGGAAAAUAGAAGAAAAAUAGAACCAAAAGAAAUCCAUAGCCGUUUGAUUCCCCGCCUACUUGUUGUAUUUACCCGGCAACUUGAAAUCUUAGUGACAACCCUGCACAGGAAAGUACUGCUCAGUAGCUUUCACUUGAAUGGUCACAUGUGAGGAUUUCAUCCACAGACUCAAAAAUUAGAACCACCUUGUACGGCAUAAGUCACAGUACCACAGGAAAGUACUGCUCAGUAACUUUCAUUUGAAUGGUCACACUUUAGGAUUUCAUCCACAGACUCAAAAGUUAGAACCACCUUGUACAACAUAAUAAACAGUACCACAGGAAAGUACUGCUCAGUAGCUUUCAUUUGAAUGGUCACACUUUAGGAUUUCAUCCACAGACUCAAAAGUUAGAACCACCUUUGAAGAUUCCAUCAUAUUUGACUCUUGGAAGUGAAAAAGUUAAAAACUUGUCCUCAUCAGCACUAUAGCAAAUGUGUGGAGAGCAGUGGGUUAAUAACGUGCACACUUAAUUUAUAUUAAUUUUAAUAACUUAUUUUCCAGGGAACUUAUAGAGGAAAUAGCAAAGUUUGAGGAAAGAGAGUUCUCUUCCACCAAAUCUACAUCACAGGUAAUAUUAACGAGUCUUUAUUUACAUGCAUGUAAAUGACACUGUCAUCUAUUUAUUCCACAACUUAAUAAUAUUGUAAAAUUUUUUAUUUUAUUUUCUUGCAGUCUAAGUUAUCUAAGUUGUCCCAGGCAACCAAAUUAGAGCCCUUAAAUGAAGGCGGCGGAUCAGCAUUACUUCAAGUGGUGAGUGUAUAUGUUGUAGAUAAUUUUUUGUCUCAGUUAAUUUUGUUUUCUAACUAGUUAACCAACUGCCUCGCUUAAGUGGAAGGUGGGUGCCUGGGAUACCCAGGGGCUUCCACUGUGGCCAGCCAGCCCCUAGAUAGAAAAACUGCCCCCAUGGCUGGCAAAUCCCCGCAACCCAGCCAUGAGCCCCCAUUCCAGGCACCCGUCACACUGAUCAAACAGUGGAAGGAAGAAAAAUAGGGAUGGGAGGGGGGGAAGACGCGAAAUGAACCGCUCCACAGACCACUGCACAAACGCUCGAUGAACAACUCGCAGAUCCUAGCCAUGUACAAAGCUACCACACACCAUGUGAGCCUGCACUUAUGGGAUUGACCGCUGGAUGCCCGCUACGCUCGUGGGCCGCUUGACCGCUAAGCUUGUAGACCGCUUGACCGCUAAGCUUGUGGACCGCUAGACCGCUUAACUUGUGGACCGCUCAACUGCUAAGCUUGUGAACCGCUUGACCGCUAUGCUUGUGAAUUGCUUGACCGCUAUGCUUGUGAACCGCUUGACCGCUAAGCUCGUGGUGGUUAACUUAGUUAAAUUACAUUUAACCAAAUUUAAUUUUUUUCUAACUAGUUAGUUUUAUUCUAGCUAGUUUAUUUUUUUCUAACUAGGUAAAAAAUUAUUUAACUAGUUACAUUUUUUUUGGCUGGAGUAAAGCAGCUAGCUAUUUAUAAGCAUGGCCGAGGAUUUGAACACUUGACUAUCAUGAACAAAUCUGGCUAGUGGUCAGUAAGGGACUUGAACUCGAAUAACAAGUGCAGUGCUCUAACUUCUCUACCACACUGCCUCUCUAACAUCUGUGUAAGAAUAAAGAUUGUUAACCACAAACAGUAUUGUUCUUUUUUGCUCUUAAAAAUACCAUAUUCUUAAACUCUUAGAUGUUGUGUGGGGGAGAUGCUUUCCCCAUAAGUUAUUUUUUUUAAGUUUUACUUUCCUUUGUUGCACAUAUCCCACCACAAAGGAAAAAUGCAAGUAUAAGGUACUUGAAUCAAAGCAUGUGCAAUAAUCACUAUUAUCAACAUCUUAUUUAUUAAAAAAUAGUUCCAAUCCGUUUUAUCCCACAGUAGCUAUGUGACAUAAUUAUCAGUAUUCUUUUCUAAACCCUCAUUAAAAAUUUACUAGUAAAACCUUCAGUAAGGUUCCUCAUUGUUUAUGAAUUAUUUAACAUUGUAAUGUUAUAAGUACUUCUAAAAAGUAAUUCUAAAAAUAGUUGGUUAUGUUUUCUGUCAUUUCUUGUUUGUUUUUAUUAAAAUUUCUGUGUUUGGACUUUUUAAGAAGAUUUUUCAAGAAAAUGCAGAUAGUAAUCUUUCUGAUAAAUAAGAUUAUAGUUUGAGGAAAAGAAAUGUACUAAAACUUCAUAGCUUUGAAAUUAUUGUUUACCUUAUGAGAAACCACAGGACCUUUAAUUGGCUGAUAUAAAUCAUUAUUAUUGUUUCUUUUUCAUUAAAGAGAAAUUAGCAUCAAAUUUGUAACUCCAUGGAAACAUUUUGUAUGUUUGGUAGUGUCAGUAUAAAUUCGAAGAAAAAAAUCAAAAGCUUCAUAAAAUUCUAUUAGUUCUCUGAAUUCCCUCGGGGACCUAGUCUAGGAUUGAUACUGGUUUUCUAAGUUACAACCAUGAUUCUUCUGCAAGUAUCAGAAAAAGAACUCUUAACCGAGUUGAUCCGUGAUCAGCAAAAGGUGAAUAAUUAUUCUAUAUCCUCAUUGCAUCUACGUGAGAUGGUUUAGACAUGUAGUCAUUAUUACAAUGUAAUUCUUAUUAGGUACUUUUUUAAAACAUCUUUAUUUGUUUUACACAUGAGUUCCUUCACAAGAGAGAACUCGUUUGUUUGGGUCAUAUUUGCAUUGUUGCUUAGGUUUACAAAAUGAUCAAAUGCAAAUAGUUCUAAUCUGUAGUUAAGAUCUAGGACAAUUAAGACAUUUGUCUGUUAAAGUUAGUGUAAUGCUUUACUCUUGUAUUAUUUGGUCAUUUUCCCUCUCUGAUUUACUGGUUCACUGAUUUCUUUACUUUCUCUCAGUGAUGUUAAAAUCUUGAUCCGCAAAGAUUCUCAACACUAUUCCAGGUCCUUUUUCCACUAAAUCCAAUAAUGAAAUCAUGCCAUAUUCCUGAACAUGCAUUUCCAAAAAAUUUCACCAGAAAUUUCACCAUUUUCGGACAUUUCCAUUGUGUGGAUUUCUCUUUAAACUGUUUGUGGAAUAGAUUGCUAAUAGUAAAAAACUGAUAAAAUUUAAUCAAUCAACUGGCGAUUCUAAAAAGUUUCUAGCCUGUGGAUUUUUCCAAAUCUACAAGUUUAGUAUGUAACGGCCCCUUUGCAGAAUAAGGUCACUUGGUGCAAAAAACACCUUGCUGGAUGGCAGAUGACCUAGAGGGGCAAGAAAAACAAAGACAUUACAUCAUUCAAAAAGCUAACAUCCUUUCUUUUCCACUGCGGUGCCAUAUCCAGCAAGGUGUUUUUUAGUACCAUGUGACCAUAUCCUUCGAAGGACCCUUUCCUAAGAAUUCAAAGUUUUCUGGGAAUCAGUUUGAAAAUAGGGCAUUGCUACUCUGUUGCACAUGGCUCAGCUAUCCAUUGCUUUGUAAUAACUAAAAAUUAUAUUGUAUUCUUUAGGCUGAGUACUACAGGUGUUAUGUUCUAUACUGUGGUUUGAUAGUAGUAAGGGGAGCAUGAACAAGGGUGGUGCAGUGGUGAGAGCCCUCACCUCCCACCAAUGUAGCCCUGGUUCACAUCCCAGCAUCAAUGCCAUACGUUGCAUGUGGGUUGAGUGUGUUGCUGGUUCUCUCCAUUGCUCUAAGAGGUUUUUCUCCAGGUACUUCGGUUUUCCCCUCUCCUCAUAUAAAACCAACAUUUCUAAAAUCCAAUUCAACCAGGAAUGGUAGACAAAGACCCAAUGUCAUUAUAUGCUACUUGUAAAUCGCUAGUUAUUUCAUUAUUUUAUUUACAUUAUUUAAAUGGCCUAGUACUGUACGUAUUGUAUUUUACUUUUAUUUUAGUACUUUAAAUAAAAGAGAGAUACUUUUGUUGAUGUGUGACUGUGCUGAUUUUUGUUGAUUGAUGCUUUUUUUUGGCACAGGAAAUUAAUCGAUUAAAUGAAGAAAAUACAAAGCUUAGAGAAAGGAUGAAAACCUUAGAGGGCAAGGUAAGAUGAAAUUAAAGUUAACUUAUUUUAAUAUUUGCAUUCUCAGAGUUUGACCUUGCGUGCUUGAUUUAAUUCUAAAAAGUAGUGAAACUCAGUUUUGCCAUGAGAAUAAAAAUUAUUCUUUUACUUUUUAGGCCACAAGUGCUAUUGGAGAAAGAAGUAAACUCCAAGCAGAUCUUGAAAGUACACAAGCUGUGUUAAAAUCCAAAGGAAAUGCCAAGGUACAGUAUAUCAUGAUCUAAUUAUUAGAAUACACUUGCAGAAUGCUACAUUUGGGGCGAAGGGUUGGUCCAGUGGUAAUUGCCUCCCACCUUCGUGGCCGGCCGAUGUUUAAGUCCCAGAGCCAAUGCUAUUGUUUGAAUUUGCUUCUGGUUCUAUUCUUUGCUUCAAUAUGUUUUCUUUUCUCCAAAACCACGUCCAAAUUCCAAUUUGAUGAGGAGAAUGUCUCCAAUUAUUUUGGGCCACUGGCUUAUCAGUUUCUGAGACUGUCUUGUUUAAAAACUAAGGGUAAAUUCCUUUGAGAUGAUCUGGAUCAGGAUCAGUGAUCCGAGAUCUCUUGGAUCAUGGUAGAUCAAAAUGAACCAAUGAAUCCUUGCCCAGAGUGGAUUCAUCAGUUCAUUAUUUUAAUCUAACAUGACCUGAGUGAUCUAGGAUCACUGAUCCUGAUCCUGAUCCAGAUCAUCCCAAAGGAAUGCACCCUAACAUUAUUAAGAGGAUGACCGUCAAGACAGUUGCAGAAACUACCAAGCUAGUGGUCCUAACUAAUUGGAAAGUUUUUUUUAUUUGCCAUAAAAAAAGGAUUCUUACUGGUCAGUGCUAGUUACCUAGGCUAUUAUAAUAAUUACCUUACUCUUUAAAAAUGUUUACUAGUUGACUGUUGAUUUAUGUCCAUGUUGAUGUUAUUUUGCUUUUCAGUCUUAUGGCAAGGAAAUGGCAGAACUUGAGGAACAGAUGGCUGCAGCCAAAAUGGAUUUAAAAAGGGUAAAUAAUUAUGAACAGUAUGAAUAAAUGAAUGAAAAUGAAUGAAUAAACUUUAUUCAACUCAUAUCUUACCACUUCACCCAGUCCGGGUGCUUCUCUGGUAAUCGUCUUCAUCUGUUUAGAUGUUGAACAAUGACACAUCAGCCUGGUUGUCAAUAAGAUUUCAUGUUGCUGGGUAAAUACAACAAGUAGGUGCGGAAUCAAAUAGCUAUGGGUUUCUUUUGGUUCUAUAUUUCGUCUAUUUUCCUUUGAAAGUUGCUGGGGGGAAAUCCCCGGCCCCUGCCUCUCAAUGACAGCCCUGCUGAUGCACAAAUUGUCUUCAAGAUCUUGUCCAAAUACAUGAGUGAUUCCUUCAAACUGGCCAGAGAUACACACAAACAAUAUAAUAAUGACCAGGAUAAAUUUGAAUGGAAAUCUUGUGUUACUACCAACUAGUACUGCUUCCAUUUCUUAGUGUUUACUGUAAACUUUUGUUUCAGAAAAUAGGGAGAAAAUUGGAUGAUCCAAAAUACAAUAAUUAUAUUUUAUUUUAAUAAAAAGAAUAAGUCAAACUCAUUUCUCAUUAGUCCUGUGCGUGCCUGCAUCCCAAAGAAUACUAAUGUGUUUAAAGUUUUUGAUAGAUUUAACACUGCUUUAGAUAUACAACAUUAAUUUUAUUCUCUUCUUUAAGAGCCCUGGUGGCCAUUUUAAAACUUUGCUCUGUCUUUCGAAUCUUAGUGUUUCAGAUCUCAGUAGGAUUUGGCAGGACUUUAAUAAAACUUUUGUGGAAGUGUCUCUUUAAUGUUCAAAUAAAUCUGACUUGAGUUUUGAAUCUACUAUUCCCUAUUCUUAUUCAACAUUAUAAUAUAAAUUAUGUUUUGAGGCAAUCAUUUGUGUUCUCAUGUAAGGCAAAAAAUAAAAAAUAAAUAAAUAAAUAAUGAAAACUUUAAUUUAUGGUAGGUCUCUAAAAAUUGGAUUGUAAUUUCCUGCAAAUGCUAGUGGGAGCUUUCUUUUCAAAUGUGCAUGGAACAAUGUUUUUUGUUCUGUAGGCAAAAGAUAAAGGCUCAUCUCAUGCUGCAUCACUGGAAGAGGAAUUAACCAGCAGCAAGGUAUGGAUUUAUUUAUUAACAUAAAGAUUGACUUUCCCAUGAAUUUGUUGUGGUUCAGUUUUAUCCUUGGUGUAAAUUUCAUUUUCCUUUGUUUUAAGCACAUCAUUAUCAUUUGUUAUCAUACCCAAAUUUAAACUAAGGAUAAUAUCUAACCUCAACCUAUUCACCAGAUUUAAAGUGCACAAUAAUAUUUCUUAGUCAUUGCAUACAUUCCAGUCCUAGUGGUAUAUACAGCUAUUUCGAGAAAGGUUGUCGCAAAAAGUGCAUGCAACAAUCCCGAUAUUGUGGGUGGUUUUCAGUUCACUGUUCUUCAAAGAAAUUUGCUAGAAUGGCUUGAGAGGCCAUGGACGUAUGUUUGCGAGUGCUAAAGGAAAGCAACAAAAGUAGGCUCGACAGCUACAGUGUCAGGAACACUGUAUUGCUCAUACCCCAUAUUACCUUUCGGUAUUGUCGCGUGCACAUUUUUUCCCAACAAACUCCUUUCUCAAAAUAGCUGUACACAGGAUGUUUGUCACAUGACCCUAGUCUUGUGACCUCUCUCUGUAGUUCAGUGGAGGAGCAUUGAUCUGGACUAGUAUUCAGGGCCCAAUAAUAUUGUUUGAAGGCUGAUUAGUGCUAACCCGGAGUUAAAUUUUAACCUGGGUUUCUUUUUCGUUUGUUUAAAAGUAUUUUCUCAGAUUUUCCCUAGCUAUUCUUUUUAGAGCAUCCAGUCACCAAAUUGCAGACCAAAGGAAUUAAACUGAAUUUGCUUUUUCAGCGUCUAUAAUUAUCUGAAUUCAAAUUUCGCACUGCCUGUGGGUUUUCUUAACCCUGCUUUGAACAACCUGGCCCAGAGGGUUACAGGUUCAACUCCCGUUAGGGGUACUCAAAAUGUUUUCUUUCGAGAUGCCUGUGUUGCUGAAUCAAAAAAAUCUCUCUGAGGUAUUUAUUAAGAGUUUUUCUGAUAAAAAUCUUGGAUCUAUGGGCUGGCACAUUAAAAUUUACAGUUUCAGAAAAAUAAUAUAAGUUAUCCUCCCCAGGCUGUUGGCUUAUUAGAAAGUGUAGUGUAUCAGACUUAAUAUUGGCAUAUCUCAAAUACUGCUAGAGUUUGAGUUGAUGAAUGAUGUUGAUGGUGUUGAUGAUCAAUGUUGAACAUUGUCAUAUGGCCGAUAUUUACCGCUAAAUCUGAUGCUAAAAAAUGAUCUUCUUUCUUGUAGCAUGAGAUCUUGAAACUUCAGCAUGAUCUUGAAGAAGCACAAAAGGUUGGUGUUACCAAAAUUAUGAAAACAAAAAUGUAGUGAUAUCAAAUUAGUUUUGAAUGUUGAAGAUGCCUUUCUCAUAAAAUAACCUCUGUUGUCCCCAGGAUCUUGCGAAGAAGUUUAAUGAAACAACUCAAUACAAGAAUAUGAAGCAGAUGUUAACAUCAAAGAAUGACCAGAUAAAAGACUUACGUGGGCGAUUACGAAAGUGAGUACAACCAUUAUAAAUAGUAGUCAAAAUGUGUCAGUGGUAAAAUUUAAUUUUCAUGAGCCAUCUUGUUGGAGUUGCAAACUUAUGAAGUUUCACAAAACUGAAUUCCCAAUGCAUUUAGAAUUAGUUGUAUUAAAAGAACAUUGAUGCACAAACAGCCAAAAAUUAAUACAAAGGAUUUUGUGUACAAUCAGGGUGCAAAGAAAGUCAUUUUUACAGCUUGCCAUUCAGGCAAGCUGAAGCUAGCAUUUACAAGCCCAAAUGUCAUUCCAACUAGCCCCCAAAAUAUUUUGAUGAGCAGAAUUGAUUUCACUGUUCUUCUGUAAGUUGGAUUCCUCAAAAUACUGCACUUGCCCGUUGGGCAAGUUAAGAACAGAAUUCACUAGCCUGAUAGCAAUAUCCACAAGCCCUGGGCUAUUGGACACCACUUUCUUUGUGAAGAAAAAAAAAGCUCUAAGAAAUAGGUAGAGUAUGAUCUGUAUGCUUAAUCAUUCUCGAAAUCUAGGGUUAGGUCAUUUUAUUGCUGUUUUCCUCACUACAAAUCUAGGGGCUAGUCGUUUUUAACCUGUAAGGGCCGGGGGCCAGCCAUUUUGAAAAUGCUUAGAAUAUUUUGGAACCAACCCACCCACCUCAUGCUGGAUUUUUAAAAAUGACCCCCGUAAGUUUGACAUAUUGUGAAAUUGACCCCUUCCCCCGUGGAAACCACGAAUAUUCUUGCUCCAAAUCGUGCUUAAGUUCAGCACAUUUAUCUACGGUUGUCUUUGUAAGAUUGGUGUUCAACUAUUGACAGCUGUUACAUUCAGUUUCAAUUCACGCUCGUUACAGGAACAGCUACCAACAAAUUAAUGUUUUGCUUUGUACGAUCAAAAGCACAUAUGUCACACAGUGAUUAUUGAUGUGCAUACUAAACUUAGUACUCCUGUUCCUCUAAAUUAAACUGCAUUUAAAUUCUUAUUUGACAAGUUGUAUUGCGGUUUUGAUUUUGAACAGACAGCUAAAAAAAGGAUAUUGCUUUGUACCACUUUUAUGAAAUUUAUUAAAAUGACCCCCAAUGUAACGCUCCCAUAUCUGAAAACGAUCCCGCAAAACAAAUCAAUAUUUUGAAAAUGAUCCCCCUGCAAAUUGGCCAAUCGAUCACAGGUAAAAAAUGACAAGCCCCCUAGUGCCUCAAACUUUUCUCAGGUGACACCUUCCCACUGGAAGGAGAGUUGAGGAAAGGUCUUUCAGGAGAGACCUAAGACUCUCUUGUUAUCUUCUAGGUAUGAACCUGAUGCUUGAGUUGCGCUGAUGUGUUUCAACUUUCAGAGAAGAGUUACAAUUAACAUGCAGGAUGAUAAAAUUUGUUGAUACAAGACAAACCCUUCGAGCCUUGGAGGCUGUUGAUUAAAAGCAAAUGAUGGUCUUGCACUAUUUAUGUUUCAUAGACAUACCACCACUUGUCGCUUAAAUUGUAGCUGUGAUCAUCUAACAUAGUUCUGCACUUUGUAAAGUACUUAGGGUGUGUAAGAAAUUCCUUUAACCAAACCUGUAUCCAGUAUAGAGGUGCUGAGGUAGUUGCACUUUUAGUAAAAAAUGAUAGCUUAGUUACAUGUAGCAAGUAUUCCCAUAGGUGGAGAGCAAAAAGGUGAGGAAGGGGUCAGGGGGGUCAUCCCAACCCUGAACUUGAAUUUUUUGCUCUUACUUCAACUUUCAUUCCUGCAGGCACCGGAACUGUUACUUUGCAGGUUUUUUGUUUGUGAUUUAUAAAACUGCUGCUUUAGGGUUAAGGGUUAAAGUAAUUCCCUUGAAAAGAAGUACAAUCUAGAUUUUUUUCCAACUUGGCACACUUGUCAGCAAUAUAUAGGACAUUCAAAAACUGCAAGAAAAAGAUAGGGUCACCGUGCUUGUUUUUGCCUUGUGUGCCCUUAAUUUUGACUGUUUUUUUAGCUGGCUAAAGUUAUCAAAAUUGCUAUUAAAAGCAGUAGGAUUACAAAAGGGGCCUUUGUUAACUCUUUUUAGGUGACUGGUAAAAAUUCACCACGAUCUUUGAGGAGGCAAUUUUAUAUAUGCGCAGUAGGUGACGCACAGUGCAAAACAAGGGAAUUACCUUAAGGUUCAGUUGUUCUUUAUCGCAGUCCUCUUUCAAGAACAUUUUUAUAGACACAUAUAAGAAUAGCGUUGUAACAACUGCUUUAUUCUACUGGAAACCUGAAAGUUCUCCAAGUUGAAAGGCUUCAACUAAACUAAAUUUUGAUGGAUUUUUUGUCUCUGUCAAUAGACGCCCUUUUUUGUGGCAGAUUUGACUGUAUAAGAAAUACCUUGCAUUUAUAAACUCCUCAGGUCAGAUAAGACUAAAAAAGGCGAUUUACAUAUUUUAUAAUAUCAACACCGAUGAAAUACCAGGUUUCCUUUCACAUGGAAUCAUGAUUGAAUCAUCUUCACAUGUAAAAAAUAACAUGAUUUCUUCACACGUGAAAAGACCACAAUAAAUUGCACCUUUUGCAGCCAAACAAUAUCAAAGUGAAAUGGUUUAGUAUUUCAUUGGUGUUUAUGUAAUAAACAGAACAUUACAUGGUGGCUUAGAGGUACAAAAUUUCUCCUCUCCCCUUCUUCUCAUGUUCAAAAAUAAAAUUCAACUCUCAAAGAGAAAUUUUGCAUCACAGUGUUGCCAUGUAGUAUCCUCUAUAUCACAUAAUUUAUAAUUAAAAUUGUACUAAACAUUUUUCACAUAACCUUUCUUUUUGUUUCUAUCUUAUUAUAAGCGCUUUGCAUCAUUUUUUCCCCUUCAGUUUACCACCUACAUAAGACUUUUGAUAAUCUCUGAGAUUGUAGGUUUUAGAAGGCAGUAAUUUAUUGUUUCUGAUUUG